GUUCAACCUUGUUCAACACCUUGGCUCUUUGCAACGCGAGAAGCCUACUGCGUUAAGCAGUCGGCCACGCUGCUCGAAGAAAAGGGACGCAGCUGGGGCAGCAACACCCAGCCAUCAAGAUGGCGAUACCAUGGGGGACCAUCAAGUCCCUGGUCAUCUUCUUCGGGCCCCUCCUUCUGCCCAAGGCCAUCGGCUAUUAUCGUCGCGCGCGCUCUGCACCCCGGAUCCACGGCCUCAAAGUCCGCCCUCUUCCUCCGCCCAUCACCCGCGCCGUCGCUAUCCUCGUCGCCGUAUCCGCCGUCUUCUUCGUCCGGGCCCUUCCCGUCUUCGCCCCGGAGAACGUCUUCAGAGUGACGCAGUCCCGCCUCCAGAUCCCCGCCGACGUGCUCUUUACCCGCCUCUCCGCCCUGCGCCCGGGCAACGUCCUCACGCCCACGGACCUCUCCCUGCGCGCCAAGUUCGCCUCCCUCGAGUCCCGCCUCCUCUACCUCCAGUACGGGCCCUCGGUGCUCGCGAACUGCCCCUUCUGCAGCUCGGACGAGCCCCGCUCCUACCUGUACUACGCCCUCCCGGACCUCCUGGCGCAGCACCUCUUCAACCUGGUGAUCAUCGCCCUGGCCACCUCCGCCCUGCUCACCGCCCCGUUCUCCCGCGCCGCGACCGGCUGGCGCCAGCCGGCCACCCUCGCCGCCGUCGGCCUCGCCCUCGCCGACGUCUACUGGGUCGCCACGUACAACCACACCGCCAACGCGCGCGCGCUGCGCCUCGGCGAGAUCGACGCCUUCUACUGGACCGCGCGCGCCGUGCGGUACCUGGGCCUCGCGGCGCUGGACGCCCUGCUGGCCCUGGCGCUGUACCUGUCCGGCACGCAGCGGGCGUUCGUGACCCCGCCCUCGGCGGCCGAGCGGGUCGAGGGCGUGGUGCGGGCCCUCGGCGCGACCAAGGGCGUGAUCAGCGGGGCCGGGGUCAUCAAGAACACGGUCCUGAGGGACGAGGAGCUGCGCGGGCGGAGCAACGCCUACUGGGCGCACGAGGUCCGGCUGAUGCGCGAGAUGAUGGAGGAGCGCGAGGUCGUCGAAGGGGUGAACGACGCGCUGAUGAACCGCAUCGACAUUCGGAGUAUCGAGAGGGAUGCGGAAAACUACGCCAAGGCCGUGCUGGCCCCGCAGAAGGGCGCCGGCGGGCCGGCGGCGAAGGAGGAGGUGGUGGGUUAGUUUAGUAUAUUAGGACAAGAAGUUGAUUUUGAUCGAUUUGUUAGCGAAUAGACGACCUAGGAGCAUAACAUUGACUUUCUACGCGCACCGUGAGCACCCAGAGCAGCCA